AUGCUUGAUUAUAUAAAAGAAAAAAGUGAUAUCAUCAUUACAAAAUAAGAAUCAAUAAACUCAGUUUAUUAGAGUAGUGAAUCUAGUCCAAAGAAUUUAUUGGGGAACCAUAAGAAAUAAAGAUUUCCAACUAUCUCGAAUGCUUAAUUAAAAUCUGCCAUUGAAUCUAAUUAUUUGGAACAUGAUCAAAAGCAUAAUAUCAUAAGAAAUCCUAAUUUAUUGACUGUAUUUUAAAUGCAAUUUGAUACUAACUCUCCUAGAACUCUAGCUGCUAUGGAAAUGCUUAAAAUAGAAGUAGAUGAUCUAAAUGUUCAAGAAUAUACAGACUUUUAUUAAAAGAAACUUAAUCCUCUUUAAAAUCUAGUAUAAUAUUUACAAUAUGUAACUAACAAAUAUAAAAUAUUGAAUGAUCUUCUUAAACGAAGGAAUCAAAUCAAACAUAUUUAAUCUUAAGUUACAAAACAAAUAAAUUCUAAGAAUAUCAAAUAUCAAGAUGAAUCUUUGAUUGCUGAAUAAUCUGAAUCUAAGAAAACUCAAAGAGAAGAUCAAUAAAUAUCAGUUAUUCUUAGUGCUAAUCAAAGAAAGGAAUUAUUCAAUAAAAAAGUAAACAAGGAAUCUGAAAAUUAUAAUAAGUAUAGUAUCAUAAUUAAUAUUAAUAGAUUUCUUAAUAUUGUUUAGGAUUAGAUUAAUAAGUAAGAAGAAUAUUAUAGUAAGACAGCUCCUGAAAUAUAUUAAAAAGCAGAAUAACUUAGAUUAAAAUAAUUAGAUUAAAUUAGAAAGAAAUUGAGAAGAAAGAAUUUAAAAGUAGAUUAGAUAUGUUAAAAAAAUAAAUAUGAAGAGUAAGUAUAAUAUAGAGAACAUAAAAAAGUGAUUUAGGAAUUAGAAAAAGAUUUGAAUUUACAUUUUGAGAGAAAAUAAAAAUAACUCUUAUAAUCUCAAGAUGAAUAAUUAGAAUAAAUAAAAAAGAAAGAAGAAAAGGAAAGAGAAAGAUAAUUGAAGAGAUAAAAGUAAAUAAGUUAAGAGUAGAGCAUGAUUGAAUAAGUGAUGGAUUCUAUGAAAAAGAAAUCAGAUUAUUUGAAUGAUUAUUUAUAAAGAAAAUAAAUGGAGGAUAGAAAAAAAUAAUAAUAGAGUUUGAAGAUGUUUGAAGAGAAAUAGAAAAAAUUAUAAUAAUCUUAUACAUAAAAAGAAAAUUAAAAUGUUUAAAUGUAUUUAAGUAAAUCAACUUAAAGAUAAGUAAUUAUAAUAAUUUUUAAAUAUUUAGAUUUAACUUAAUAAACAUGAAAUAUCUCAAAUCAAAUAAUAAUAAAAUUUAUCUAUGAAAAAUAGUAGAAUUAUGAAAAAAUAUGAAGAAUACUAAAAUUCAUUAGAUUAGAAAAGAUCUGAUUCUUUAAUUACAAAACUUUAAGAAGCUGAUGAUAAAUUAGAAAAUGGUUUAAAGAGGUAUUAAAAGAUAAUAUAUAUUAAAUUAGACAUUAAUCAUUAUUAGAUUUAAGAAAGUAAAAUCUAUGUGAAAAAAAUGAACAUCGAUUUAAAUUGGCUAAAUAAAAAUAAAUGGAAAAUAUGUUAGAGAAAAUACAUAAAUAAAAUAAAAUUUUAGAAAAAAAUCUCGAGAUUUCUCAAAAAAAUGAUAAAAAUAAAUAAGAAUUAGAAUUUCUUGAGAAAUACAAAAAGGAAAUAAUGUAAAAUAAAGUGAUAUAAAGAAAUUAAAUGAUAUAGAAAUUAUAAUCUUGA